ACGGUAUCACUUCUCGUUUUGGUUUCAACGAGAGGAGGAGAACACACAAUCGGAACAGCUGCCGGAUACUUGAAGACAAGAUGCUAGCGAAACUACUUCUUCUCGCUUUGGCGGGGCUCACUGCUGCCUACCAAUACGAGAACUCGUUCAAGGGCUACAAUCCUGGCUAUAAGGGCUACGAUGCUGGCUACAAGGGUUACGGCUACGAUGCUGGCUACAAAGGCUACGGAUACGAUGCUGGUUACAAAUACAACAACCAAGGCUACAGUUACAAGAACGGUUUCGAAUAUGGAUAUCAGAACGCCUACCAGGCUGCUUUCUAUAAGCACCGUCCAAACGUAACCGAAUUCGAGUUCAGCUCAUGGAUGCCGAACUACGAGUACGUCUACAAUGUGACGUCCAAGACCAUGACCGCUCUGGCGGAAUUGGACGAUCAGUGGACUGGUGUUUUCACCCGUGCCUACCUGGUCAUCCGUCCCAAGAGCCGUGACUACGUCGUGGCUUACGUCAAGCAGCCAGAAUACGCUGUCUUCAACGAACGCCUGCCACACGGAUAUGCUACCAAGUUCUAUCACGAUAUGUUCAAGUUCCAACCAAUGCCAAUGAGCAGCAAGCCAUUCGGAAUCCGUUACCAUAAGGGCGCCAUCAAGGGUCUGUACGUCGAGAAAACCAUUCCCAACAAUGAAGUCAACAUCCUGAAGGCUUGGAUCAGUCAGCUGCAGGUUGAUACCCGUGGAGCCAACUUGAUGCAUUCCAGCAAGCCCAUCCAUCCUUCCAAGAAUGAGUGGAACGGCCAUUACAAGGUUAUGGAGCCAUUGGUUACCGGAGAAUGUGAAACCCAUUACGAUGUCAACCUGAUCCCAGCCUACAUGAUCCAAGCUCACAAACAGUGGGUUCCUCAAGGACAACUCCGUGGUGAAGAUGAUCAGUUCAUUCAAGUCACCAAGACUCAGAACUUUGACCGUUGCGAUCAACGCAUGGGUUACCACUUUGGAUUCACCGGAUACAGCGAUUUCAGACCCAACACCAACCAAAUGGGAAAUGUUGCCUCCAAGUCUUUGGUUUCAUACAUGUAUUUGACUGGAAACUGGUACAACUUCACCAUCCAAUCGUCCAGCAUGAUCAACAAGGUGGCUAUCGCUCCUUCCCUAGUGAACAAGGAACCAGCUCUCGUGUACGCUCAGGUUAACAUGACCCUCAACGAUGUCCACCCUUACGAUAAGGUCCCAAUGGGCCCAGCCGAAGAUCUGAAGGUGUUCGUCGAUUUGGUUUACAGCUACAACAUGCCAAGUGAUAAGAAGAACUACGUUCGUCCUGGCAACGAAACCUCCUCCUCCUCAUCGUCAUCUUCUUCAUCGUCCUCCUCCUCAUCGGAAUCUAGCUCGUCCAGCUCUGAAUCUGUGGAAAACCCCAAGAUCAGCCCCGUUGAGCAGUACAAGCCUCUGCUGGACAAAGUUGAGAAGCGUGGAAACCGCUACCGUCGUGAUCUGAAUGCCAUCAAGGAAAAGAAGUACUACGAAGCUUACAAAAUGGAUCAGUACCGUCUGCACCGUUUGAACGAUACUUCAUCCGACUCCAGCAGCUCUGAUUCCUCAUCAUCCAGCUCGUCGGAAUCCAAGGAACACCGCAACGGCACUUCUUCCUAUUCCAGCUCCUCAUCGUCCUCUUCUUCAUCGUCCUCUUCUGAGUCAUCCUCCUACUCAUCCUCUUCUUCCUCUUCCUCGGAGUCCUACUCCAUUAGCAGCGAAGAGUACUACUACCAACCAACACCAGCUAACUUCAGCUAUGCUCCCGAAGCUCCGUUCCUGCCAUUCUUCACCGGAUAUAAGGGAUACAACAUCUUCUACGCACGCAAUGUUGAUGCCAUUCGCUCAGUCGGCAAACUUGUUGAGGAAAUCGCCAGCGAUCUGGAAAACCCAUCCAACUUGCCCAAAGCCAACACCAUGAGCAAGUUCAACAUUCUGACCCGUGCUAUCAGAGCCAUGGGAUACGAAGACAUUUACGAGCUGGCCCAGAAAUACUUUGUUUCGCAGAAAGAACGUCAAGUCGCUCAGUUUUCCGACAAAAAAUUCAGCAAGCGCGUUGACGCUUGGGUUACCCUCCGUGAUGCUGUUGCUGAAGCCGGAACCCCAUCCGCUUUCAAAUUGAUUUUCGAUUUCAUCAAGGAAAAGAAACUGCGUGGAUACGAGGCUGCCACCGUGAUUGCUUCCUUGGCCCAAUCUAUCCGCUACCCAACCGAGCAUCUGCUGCACGAAUUCUUCCUCCUGGUUACCAGCGAUGUUGUUUUGCACCAGGAAUACUUGAAUGCCACCGCUCUGUUCGCUUACUCUAACUUCGUCAACCAAGCUCAUGUUAGCAACCGUUCAGCUUACAACUACUAUCCAGUAUUCAGUUUUGGUCGUCUGGCUGAUGCCGACUACAAGAUCAUCGAACACAAGAUCGUCCCAUGGUUCGCUCACCAGCUCCGUGAAGCCGUCAACGAAGGAGACAGUGUAAAGAUCCAGGUCUACAUCCGUUCCCUCGGAAACCUUGGACAUCCACAAAUCCUGUCGGUAUUCGAGCCAUACCUGGAGGGUACCAUUCAGAUCACUGACUUCCAGCGCUUGGCCAUUAUGGUCGCUUUGGACAAUCUGGUUAUCUACUACCCAAGCUUGGCCCGUUCGGUGCUUUACCGUGCCUACCAAAACACUGCCGAUGUCCAUGAAGUUCGUUGUGCUGCCGUUCAUUUGUUGAUGCGCACCGACCCGCCAGCUGAUAUGCUGCAACGCAUGGCCGAGUUCACUCACCACGACCCAAGCCGCUACGUCCGCGCUGCCGUCAAAUCCGCCAUUGAAACUGCUGCCUUGGCUGACGACUACGACGAAGACAGCAAGUUGGCCCUUAAUGCUAAGGCUGCCAUUAACUUCCUGAACCCAGAAGACGUCAGCAUUCAGUACUCCUUCAAUCACAUCCGUGACUACGCUUUGGAAAACCUCGAGCUUUCAUACCGUCUGCACUACGGAGAAAUCGCUUCCAAUGACCAUCGCUACCCAAGUGGACUGUUCUAUCAUCUGCGCCAAAACUUCGGAGGAUUCAAGAAAUACACCUCGUUCUACUAUCUGGUUUCGAGCAUGGAAGCUUUCUUCGAUAUUUUCCAGAAGCAAUACAACACCAAGUACUUCGCUGAUUAUUACAAAUCUGCCGACUACAGCACUAACUACUACAACUUUGACAAAUACUCCAAGUACUACAAGCAGUACUACUACAGCAAGGACAGUGAAUACUACCAGAAGUUCUACGGACAAAAGAAGGAUUACUACAACGAUAAGGAGCCAUUCAAGUUCACUGCACCACGCAUUGCCAAGCUGCUGAACAUCGAUGCUGAAGAGGCUGAGCAACUGGAAGGACAACUGUUGUUCAAAUUGUUCAACGGAUACUUCUUCACCGCUUUCGAUAACCAAACCAUCGAAAACCUCCCACAUAAGAUGAGACAUCUUUUCGAAAAUUUGGAAGAUGGCUACGCUUUUGACGUUACCAAAUUCUACCAGCAACAGGAUGUUGUUCUGGCCUGGCCUUUGGCUACUGGUUUCCCAUUCAUCUACACCCUGAAGGCCCCAACUGUCUUCAAAUUCGAGGUUGAUGCUUCUGCCAAGACCCACCCGCAAGUGUACAAGAUGCCAGCUGGUCAUCCAGAAACCGAAAACGACGAUUUCUUCUAUAUGCCACAGUCUAUUAACGGAUCCGUCGAUGUGAACCUGUUGUACCACCGCAUGGUUGAUGCCAAGGUUGGAUUUGUCACUCCAUUCGAUCACCAACGUUACAUCGCUGGUUACCAGAAGAAGCUGCAUGGUUAUUUGCCUUUCAACGUUGAAUUGGGAUUGGACUUCGUCAAGGAUGAGUAUGAGUUCGAAUUCAAAUUCCUGGAACCCAAGGACGACCAUCUGCUGUUCCACAUGAGCUCGUGGCCAUACACUGGAUACAAGGACAUUACCGAUAUGCGCCCGAUUGCCGAAAAUCCAAAUGCCAAGAUUGUGCACGAUGAUAACCAAUCUACCAAGACCAUGGAACACACUUUCGGUCAGGAUAUGACCGGUGUUGCUCUGCGAUUCCACGCCAAAUACGACUUUGAUCUGAUCAACUUCCAACAGUUCUGGAGCUUGGUUCAGAAGAACGACUUUGUUUCGGCUGUGAACUAUCCAUUCGCUUACCAGCCAUAUGAAUACCAUCAGUUCAACCUGUUCUACGAUUCCCAGCGCACUCACGCCAAAUCGUUCAAGUUCUACGCUUACCAGAAGUUCGGUGCUCCUUCCUUCGAAGAAACUGGACCCAAGCACCCAGCCAACCGUCACUCUUACUCUGGAAACUAUUACGAAUCAAACUACGCCCAACCCUUCGUCUACAGCCCUGGAAGCCAGCGCCGCUAUGAACAAUUCUUCCGCAAUGCUGCUUCUGGAAUCAGAAAUAGCUUCGUUCGUUACUACGACUUCGGCUUCGAAUUCUACGCUCCACAGUAUAAGAGUGAAUUUACUUUCACAACCGCUUUCGCUGAUAGUCCAGUUGACAAGACUUCCCGCCAGCUGUACUACUUCUAUGCCAGCCCAAUGUUCCCAAGCCAAUCGUACUUCAAGGAUAUUCCAUUCAGUGGAAAGCAAUUCCAGUUCUGCGCCACCGCUACCAGUGAAUUCCCACGCGUUCCUUACCUGAAGUUCUCGGACUUUGACAAAUACUACGGAGAUGCUAGCCAGUACUUCGAUUUCCUGUAUGGUGAAUCUUGCCAAGGAGGAGCUCACAUUGCUGUGAAGGGUAAGCAGAAGCAGACUGGAAAGUACCGCGAAUACCUGCGAUUCUCGGAUGUUGCUAAGGCUUGCAAGGAACAGAUGGCCAACGGAUACUACCAAUUCGAGGAAUGCCAACAGGCUAUCGAUCAGGCUUACUAUUACGACUUCUACGAUUACGCCAUUGAGUACAAGGAUGUCGGCUCUGUUGCCAAGAAUCUGACCAACAAGUUCUACAACUACUUCCAGUACGCGUUCUACCCGUACUUCGAAUCGAACUUCUUCUACCAUGGAAAGUCCAACUACAUCAAGGCUGAAUUCGAAUUCGCUCCCUAUGGCGAUUACUACAACGCUUCGUUCUUCGGACCAAGCUACGCCUUCCAGGUUCAGAACUACCCGGUCUCCAAUGACUACUCUACAUACUUCCCAUACUUCUUCAAGUACACUUUCUUCCCGCGUUAUCAACCAUACUACAUGCACCGUCUGCCAGCGCACAAGCCCCGCAACCGUCCGUACUACGAACUUUCCAACUACGAACAGUUUGCCAUCUUCGAUCGUAAACCACAGUAUCCUUCAUGCUCUUUCUCCAACGACUACUUCUACACCUUCGACAACAAGAAGUACUUCUACGAUAUGGGAGAAUGCUGGCAUGCAGUGAUGUACACUGUGAAGCCAGACUACGACUUCUACGCUCAACAAUCCCACUUCUACAACUCUGACUUUGAGUACAAGUACAAGAACGGAUUUGAAGAGUACGAACAGUUCGCUGCCCUGGCCCGUCGUGGAUCUGACAAUCAGCUAUACUUCAAGUUCCUGUUCGGAGACAACUACAUUGAAGUUUUCCCCAACAACGGUGGUAUUCCAUUUGUAAAGUACAACGGACGUCCAUACGACAUCAGCAAGAGCAACAUUGCCCACUUCGAAUACAAGGAAGGCUACCCAAGCUUCCCCUUCUUCUAUGCCUUUGCCUACCCGAACAAGGAUUUGGAAGUCAGCUUCUUCGGUGGAAAACUGAAGUUCGCUACCGAUGGAUACCGUGCUCGCUUCUUCUCGGACUACUCGUUCUACAACAACUUUGUCGGUCUGUGCGGAACCAACAACGGAGAAUACUUCGAUGAAUUCGUCACCCCAGAUCAGUGCUACAUGCGCAAACCUGAGUUCUUUGCUGCUUCCUACGCCAUCACUGGCCAGAACUGUACCGGACCAGCCAAGGCCUUCAACUAUGCCUACCAACAGAAGGCCAAGCAGGAAUGUGUCAAGCGUGAGGUCUACUACGGUGACAUCAUCUACAAUCAGGAAUACUACCACCCCCGCUACCGCUACUACAACCACAAUGUUGAAGAGUCCUCCAGCUCUUCAUCUAGCUCCUCUUCCGAUUCUUCGUCCUCGUCGUCUUCCUCGGAAUCCAGCUCUCGUUCCCGCUCUGGCAGCUCAUCGUCUAGCUCGAGCUCUGAGGAACAAAAGGAAUUCCACCCACACAAGCAGGAACACAGCAUGAAGGAAUGCCCAGUUCAGCAUCAGCACCAAUUCUUCGAGCAAGGUGACCGCACUUGCUUCUCCCUGCGUCCUCUGCCAGUGUGCCACUCCAAGUGCGUUGCUACGGAAAAGAUCAGUAAGUACUUCGACGUCCACUGCUUCGAGAAGGAUUCCACCCAGGCUAAGAAGUACAAAUCCGACAUUGGUCGCGGCUACACUCCUGACUUCAAGAGCUUCGCCCCACACAAGACUUACAAGUUCAACUACCCGAAGAGCUGUGUCUACAAGGCUUACUAGGAAACGACAUUUGCAGAUCCCAUUUUUGUAUGACGAACCAAUGAACUAACGAAAUAAAUUAUAAGGCAAUUUUUAAA